CCCCAACAGCAACCUCACCGCCCAGUUUGGCAAAGAGAACUGGCAUCAUUGGAUAGAAUACGCAAGUUCACUUCACAUUUUCCUUUCAAAAGCCACGUAAAGCUGACUUGGACCGUGACAUAACAGAGAGUACUCCCGUAGGCCUCAGUUAAUACCAUUUGGCGCUUUCUUUCUUACAAUACCAUAGCAGGGGCCUCCUGGGCGCCCUGGCCAAACAACUGGGGCGCCAGGGUGUGUGACAGAAAAUGCCGCAUAGGCUGCCGACCACAGGGUGUCACUUGCCCUGCAGCCCCAGCCCCAGCCCACGCUGCCUCCUUGCACCGUUGCGGUGUGCCCUAGCAGCAGCUCGGAGACAACGUGGAGCACGGUACCAGCGGGAAAGCGGAGCCUGCCGUUCCCAUUGGGCCGCUAGCACGCACGCGCAAGCUGUGUCUCAUACAAAAGCAUGUAGUGUGUCAGGAAACCCACCUAUACAGUCUAUCCAUUCGCGUCCUUCUCGGACACUAGAUGAGGACUUCGGCUUCGCGAGCUCAUCGCCUGAGCCAAUUGUCGCCACGCCUGGCGCCAAUGCGUACUCGGAUCUGGAGGAUGAUUUAGACAUCCACCGGCUUUUACGGGAAAACAAGCAGCAUAUAACAAUACCGAUGAUAGACGAGGACCGGUUUGACGCACAGUAUCCGGAGAGCCAGGCUGAGCAGCCCUCCUCUAGCGGGUCUGGCUGCCCGGUCUACGUCAUGCUUCCCCUUGACACUGUCUGGGUCGUGGAGCGCGAUGGCAAGCGGAUAUCAGUUCUCAAAAAAGAACGCUCGCUCGACAUUGCUCUUCAUACACUGAAACAGGCUGGCGUAGAGGGCGUAAUGGUAGACGUCUGGUGGGGCAUCGUGGAGCGUGCCGGUCCACGCCAGUUUGACUUCUCAGCCUACAAACGUCUAUUUUACAAGGUAGCAGCAGCUGGCCUGAAAGUGCAGGCGGUCAUGAGCUUCCACGCGGCGGGCGGGAACGUCGGGGAUACCUGUAAAAUCCCGUUGCCGAGGUGGAUUCUCGAAAUCGGCGAGCGCAAUCAGGACAUCUUCUACACGGACAAGUUGGGCCACAGAAACCGCGAGUGCUUGUCGCUCGGGUGCGAUAACGUGCCGUUGUUUUGGGGCCGGACGCCGGUGCACAUGUACCGGGACUUCAUCAACGCCUUCGCAGACAAAUUCCAGCACCUGUUCGGCACGGUAAUAACGGAGGUGACGGUUGGGCUUGGUCCCGCUGGGGAGCUGCGGUACCCGUCGUACCCUGAGGGAGACGGGCGGUGGCGCUUCCCGGGGGUCGGGGAGUUCCAAUGCUAUGACAAGUACAUGCUCGAAAGCUUGCGGAGAGCGGCGGAAGCGGCGGGGCACCCUGAAUGGGGGCUCAGCGGGCCGCACGACGCUGGGCACUACAACAGCAGCAGCUGGGAGACGGGGUUCUUCGUCAGCCAGAACGGCAGCUGGAACACGCCGUACGGGCACUUCUUCCUGUCGUGGUACAGCAGCAUGCUGCUGGAACACGCGGACCGGGUGCUCACCGCGGCCGCGGAGGUGCUCAACAAGCACGGCAGGCCGCGCGUCUUCCACACCAUGCGCGAUGCCACCAACGGCCACGUGGUGUACGAGUUCGCCCCGGCCUGCAAGAUGGGCAUCAAGCUGGCGGGGGUGCACUGGUGGUUCAAGUCGCGGGCGCACGCGGCGGAGCUCACGGCGGGCUACUACAACACGCGCGACCGGGACGGCUACCUGCCCUUCAUGGCCAUGUUGCGGCGGCACGACGCCUCGCUCAGCUUCACGUGCGUGGAGAUGCGCGACUGCGAGCACCCGCCGGAGGGGCGGUGUAGCCCGCAGGCGCUGCUGCAGCAGGUCAUCGAAGCGGCGGAGAAGUACGGGGUCCCGCUGUCGGGGGAGAACGCCCUGCAGCGCUACGACGACUACGCGUUUGAGCGCAUUGCGGAAAGCGCGUUCGGGCGCAGCGCCCGGGCGGGCCGCCUGACGCAGGUCACGUUUCUGCGCAUGGGCGACCUGAUGUUUGACAACUGGGACGCCUUCUCACGCUUCCUCAAUCGCAUGCGGAACAAGGCAUGACACAUGCAUUGCUGCGUCGUGCGCGUGCGUGUCAGCCGAGAGAGGAGCGUGUGUGCGCUUUAGCUGUGACACUGUCCGGGACAACCAACCCUGUUUACUUGGCCGUGACUCUCAGCGUUGUGGGACGUGUGCUCCUGAUGCGGUCCUCUAGCGGCCUCGCCAACAUCUUGGAAGGUGCAGGGACGCGCUCGGGACACAUCCAGUGCUGAUUUUUUUUAUGAGACCAGAGGGUGUCAGCUAUAUGCUGUUGGGCAUCAUGGCAAUUUUGUUCUCCGCGUUUACCGCAUGCCUUGGUUGCCCAGAACACCAACCCAACAUUUGGUUGCCUUGAUUGCAGGCUGGGGUCUAUAUACCGUAUGUUCUCAUGCACGCGGUGUCUUUGCUUGUCCCUCUUGCAUGCGCGCCUAGCCUGCCGAUAAAUCAAGACAAUUACCCGGGUUGUUUGCAGCAUUUAUCAUGUACAGUACACUCAGGAGUGGGUAGCGCAGCUGUGCUGGAAUUGUUCGUCUGUGCUGUGCCAGUUGCUUAGGCUUGUAUUCUUAGAUGAUGCUGUACAUAGCACGGUAGGGAGUGGAGAGAGGCCAUCAAGGGCCUGUCGGGGAAACGGUUGGGACACCAACGCAUCUAUGGUG